AUGUUCAGUAAGAAGCCCUACGACAGCCCCCCUACAGGCUACGGUCCCCCCGGCACGGGCGACUCCGGCUACGGCUACAGCGUGCGCUCACCCCCACCGGGCUCCUACUACAUCGAGGAUGUGCCCCAGCACUUCUACAAGUGGAGCUCGCCGCCCGGUGUCAUCAGGAUCCUGGAGGCCAUCAUCAUCCUGCUCUGCAUUGCCAUCUUCGCCUGUGUGGCGUCCACACUGGCCUGGGAAUACGGCUACGGCACUUAUGGCAGUGGCCUGAGUGGCUACUUGGGCGGCACCGGCUACUACGGCAGUGGGCUGAGCUAUGGUUAUGGCUAUGGGAGCUACUACAGCGGCCGCUUCUACCUGGUGGUCAUUGUGGUCUGUGCCAUACUGGCCUUCAUCAUGCUCAUUGCCUCCAUCGUCUACAUCAUGGGUGUGAACCCCCAGGCGCAGAUGACGAGCAGCUACUACUACAGCCCCUUGCUGGCCCUGUGCAACCAGGUGUACAGCAGUGGCACCUACCUCAACCAGUACCUGUACCACUACUGCACCGUGGACCCCCAGGAGGCUGUGGCCAUCGUCUGUGGCUUCCUCAUCGUCAUCUUGCUUUGCCUCAUCUGCUUCUUUGCCCACAAGACGCGGAGCAAGAUCUGGAAGUACGGGAAGCCGAACAUCUACUGGGACAAGAUCCCGGUGGUGCAGGAGGGCCCCAACGUGGAGGAGUGGGUGAGUGGGAGCGUGGUACGGACCGGGAUCCUGAGCAUCCCGCCGGGAGCCGGAGGGAGCAUCCUGGGGCUCUUCCCAGGCCUCUACCCGCCCAUUGCCUCGGACGGCACCCGCCAGAAGUACAAGCAGGAGUUUGACAGCGACCUGCGGCGUUACAAGCGGCUCUGCGCCGAGAUGGACGGUGUCAAUGACCGCCUGGCCCAGCUCAGCAAGCAGCUGGACACGCUGGCCGAGGAGAGCUCCCAGUACCAGGACGUGGCCGAGGAGUACAACCGCCUCAAGGACUCCAAGCGGAGUGCUGAGUACCAGGCGAAGAAGGCAGAGAGCAAAGCGCUGCGCAACAAGCUCUUCCACAUCAAACGCAUGGUGAGCGACUACGACAAGACACGGGGGUAGCGCCCG